AAAUACGAUCGGGGAUUUCUAUUGGAUAAGCAGUUUUAGCGCAUCUUCAUACUGUACUACUGUAUUUGCCAUAUUUUCACGUCAUUAGUUCAGGACACCCAAAGACGGAAACAUUGGGAGAGACAACAAACACAUGGCUAGUUGACAGACCAACGUUGACAUGAAGGGUUUUAUCCUCAUGUUCCUGGGAAUAGUGCACCUUCAUGAAGCAUUUGGUGCGAUUCACUGCCUGACGCAUUUCUACACCGCAUCUUCGGACAUUCCCAACUUCCCAGAGUUUGUGGUUGUGGGGAUGGUGGAUGGUGUUCAGAUAGUUCACUAUGACAGCAACAGCCAGAAAGUGGUGCCCAAACAGGACUGGAUGAAGCAGACAGACGCAGAGUUCUGGGAGAGCGAGAGAGAGAAAUUCUUUAAUUCCCAGCAGUCAUUCAAAGUUGAAGUUCAUAUUCUAAUGCAGCGUUUUAACCAAAGUGGAGGAGUCCACAUUCUCCAGUACAUAUAUGGCUGCUCAUUGGAUAAUGAGUCUGAACAGAAAGAGGGUUUUGGACAGCUCCGUUAUAAUGGGGAGAACUUCCUUGUGUACGACAUGAAGACAUUAGCUUGGAAAUCUCUUAAACAACAAGCUGAUUUCAUGCAGGAUAAGUGGAACCAUGACCACAGUAGACUGGUAUUCUGGAGGAUCUACUUCACCCAGACCUGCAUUGAGUGUCUGAAGAAGCAGGUGGUCAAUGGGAAGAGCAUUCUGAUGAGGACAGUCCCUCCGUCAGUGUCUCUGCUCCAGAAGACCCUCUCCUCUCCAGUGACCUGCCACGCUACAGGUUUCUACCCCAGUGGAGUCAUGGUGGUCUGGCAGAAAGAUGGGCAAGAUCACCAUGAAGAUGUGGAGCAUGGACAACUCCCCAACGAUGAUGGAACCUUCCAGAAAAGCACCCACCUCACAGUGACGCCUGAGGAGUGGAAGAACAACAAGUACCAGUGUGUGGUUCAGGUCACUGGUAUCAAGGAGGACUUCAUCAAGGUUCUGACUGAGUCUGAGAUCCAGACCAGCUGGGGAAAGACCAACAGGGGUACAAAUGACCCAAACACCAUUGGCUCCGCCCCCAUCAUUGGAGUGGCUGUAGCUCUCCUGGUCGUUGUUGUUGUUGUUGUUGGGGUCGUCAUUUGGAAGAAGAAGAGAGAGAAAGGGUUUGUUCCAGCCAGCUCUUCCGACACUGACUCUGAGAACUCAUGGAAAGGUGCCCAGAAGACUUGAUAAACCUCUGCACUUCUGUAACAUCAGAGAGCUGAAGAGGACAGCAAUGUAAUGGAAACAGACGUUUGACUUCUCAAGAACAUAACACAUACAWAUACUUACACACAUCAGUCUCACACACAAGCGCGCGCACACUGUAAACACAUAAUCCAUAUAUAAAAAGAUCUGCUGUCAGAAAUAUUCUUUAUGAUUUCCUUGACACAGUUUCUUUCAUUUAAACCAUGGUGUGGCUUUUUAAAAGUUGUGCUGUAAUUUUUUAAAAUUAUAUAAUGUAAUAUUGCCACUAUGUGAUAGUCAUAUCUCAGUCUUACAGGUAUAUUAGAAUCAAUGGAACACCAUGAAAGUGUGUUUCUGGAAAGGAUUCGAUUGUUGUGCGAUGUUAAAUUAAGAAUUUAUAUUAUUCUACAAAUAACUUAAAUUAGCCUGAUUUUCCCCUAACUGAAGCCACCAAAACAAUCACAUUUAAAAGAUGAUAUUGCUAUAAACUGGAAAAACAUAAUUAUUUUAUUUGAAUGUGUAGUGUAUGUGUUGGUGGUAUAAGAUACAGUAAUUGUGUGACGUUAUAACUUUGCUCACACUAACUUGUUUAAUUGUAUGGCUAUAAGCCAGACAAGGCCGAUCCAUAUGUUCCAUUUGUACAUUUUUCUCUUUUACCGAAAGUGGCGUUAUUUUUCUAGCUUAUUGAUUUUAUGAUACGUUUUGAUUUAUGAUGGGGCAAAACACUUUUGGACUAUACGGUCUGUAGUUGGUGAUGGGGCAAGUGAACAUGUAUUUUAUUGCAAGUGUAAAUGUGAUCCAUUUAAGAGACGCAUAAUCAACCAGCCUAACAAGACCAAUUAGAGACCAAAUUCAUGCAUUCUGUAAUAAUGUUCUUACACUUUUCAAUAAAGUCCACAAUUUGAAUAAAGUGUCAUUCUGGACCUUUAAAUGUUUGCAGUAAGAUAUGCUCUAAACAGCAAAGGACUUGGAAGUGGAACAAUAUUAUUUUGUAUAGGUUUAAGAAGUAAUAUAUAUUUUGAUGACCUGUAUGAAAAAUGAUGGCGUAGCAGGUAGCCUGGCGGUUAAGAGCGUUGGGCCAGAAACCGAUAGGUUGCUGGUUUGAAUCCACGAGCCGACUAGGUAAAAACCUGUCAACGUACCCUGGAACAAGGCACUUAACCCUAAUUGCUCCUUGUUCUGGAUAACAGUGUCUGAUAUGUCAAUGUUUUAAUAAAAUGCUUCUUAGAAA